UCCCUCCGUUUGCCUUUCUCCUCGGUUCUUGAUUUGUCUCGUCAGUAGUCGUCACUCCAUUGCCUGCUCUGUCCUGUCGCUUGCUGAACCAGAGACAGAAGAAGAAUCGUCCUUCCAUGGAAGACCCAGAACCUAUUCCAGCUCAGGAGACAGAAGCCGUACCCCCGCGAUCACCGCCCGAGCAGCCACCGGCAUCGGCUCCGGCUCAGGCUCAGGCUCAGGCUCCACCUCAGUCCAAGAAGCGGCCGCUUGAGUCGAAUCCCGCGAUCCAGCAGUCCAAGUACUUCAAGAUGCGUUCUGUGCUUAAGGAUCUCCGACCCCAUUUCAUUGAGGUGCUUAAAACAUCCAACUUCCGGGAAUGUAAGGCAGCAGAAGAAAUUCGAGAGCAUGUGAAGAUUCUGAUGGACCUGUACAGGCAGAUGGUUACAGAGACGGCCUCCAUGGCCAAAUGUACCAAUGUUCCUGAAGGUCCAACUACGACCGCGGAAGCCAGGGACAGUCAAAAGGUUCGGGACUUUAGGCCACCAGAGAACCACCGAACAGAUCAGGCAUUCAACGAACUGUCUGAAAAUAAGCAGCGAGCUGAGGAUGUUGGGAACGGGCAAUCUAUGAUUGGGGGAUCAGCUUUUGGUUGGAAUUUUGUUACCUUUCCAACUAGUGGGAGUGAGCCGGUCUAUUAUGGCGUAACUAAAGAAUCAUUUCGGGCGGCACAAGUUAACUUACAAGGACAGUGAAAGAACUAUAUAUCAGAAGCGAUAGCAUAUGAGGAGCCACAGUUAAGCCCUCGACGACUCGAGGGAUGAAUUUAGUCCUGUCAGACUCCUUCAAGAAGCUGAAUCCAAUUGUGUUGUUUUGCCUUGUGUACCUUCCAAAUUAGAAAAUUACCGCGUUUCUGCUUCAAUUUGGUAUGUAUUUUGUAAGUGAUGGUCUAGCCAUUUGAAAGGUGAUUGCAAGCUUUCAAAUAGACCAGAAAAAUGUCUUUAAGGGGGAAGGAAAUGCCCGUACUAUCCGCGCAUUGGACUUAAGGUCGGGAGACACGGUGUGUCCUUUUCAUGUAAUCAACAAAUCCAUGAUACCUGAAGAGAGAAAAAGAUUAUGCUUAGACCCGAA